AUGGAGCCUACCAUCUCAGAGAAGACCCUUGCUGGCACAUCAGUGAUCAGCCUAGCCAUAAAAUCCAGCCCACUCUCACAGACGCUCCAUUCCAUCGCCAUUGUCGCCGUAUCGGUCAUUACCGCCUUCACGGCCGUAGCUUUGACCUCGCCGAACUUCCAAGACCUUGUCCACAACAGCAUCAUCACCUCCAGCCCAGGCACCCUCUCCCUGCCAACCAUCCAAGCCCUCCUAGCAGAUAUCUCGAUAGCGAGCUUCCUAGCUGUGAUCCUCACCUGCAUGCUCAAACCACGUCUGACGGCCGAGCACCACUCCUUCCCGUACGCAUCUCGUCCCUACCAAAACUUCGGCGCCACCGCCUUCGAUUUCCAACUCCUAGUCUUCAGCAUCUUCCACCAAAGACUCGCCUCACAGAUCGUCCACUCCAUCGUCAUCACCGUACACACCUUCGCCUGGCUCGUAGUCAUCCAAGGCACGUUCGGCACGCUGGGCACAGCCCUGAUCGUCUUCGCUUGCUGUGCUCAAGGCAUUUCCUUCGGCGAUGAUGUCUUCGCAGCUAUCAACAUGGCACUGCACAUCACCCUCGGUGUCGGUGCAUACACGCUGUACCACCCCCAAAUCGGGCCUUACGACCCACUCAUCAUCCUCAUUAUUGCCAAAGCCGUUAUCUUCUGGGGCGGGAUGGCACUGACCACCAACCACGCCUUCGAACCACUCCCGCCAGCCUACGAUGCCGCCACAGGAGAGAUCGAACCACAAUUUGGCGAAGUGGCCUGGACGCUUCUUCUCAAGAACCCACUCAAAGCGUUCGCGCUCAUGGGUCUGGGACUCGCGAGUGAGAUCGAAGCGGGCUCGCCGGGGCGGUUCGUGUCGACGAUCUUGUACAAGAUGAUGUAUCAUAUGGGGUAUCGGUCGAAGACGCUGCUUGAUAAUGCCGAAGCUAAGAGGUGGUCGAGGGAAGUCAUAGAGAGAGGUUGGAGUGCACAUUCGAUGACUGCCCAGUGGUAUGGUUGGGCUGCGCAUGGGAGCCAAGCGGGAAUUGUUGAGAAAGGGGAAUCGUUGCUGGAGCAAGAGGGCGAGGUUCGAAGGGGUGUGCGGCAGUCUUUUGCUGGUGUUUGGGAUCGCGAUUGUUAG